AUGUCUCAAAAUCGGCCUUCAGGAUUCCCCGGCUUACGGAUGGGAGAAACCGUCAAGGAAAAAGUCCAGGAUGGCCUUACCGGCGAAAUACGAGAAAUGCAAUACACACAAUGCAAAAUUGUAGGCAACGGAUCCUUCGGUGUCGUAUUUCAGACAAAACUAUCGCCGAACGGCGAAGAUGCGGCUAUCAAGCGAGUUCUACAGGAUAAGCGUUUUAAGAAUCGAGAGCUUCAAAUCAUGAGGAUCGUUAGACACCCAAAUAUCGUUGAACUCAAGGCUUUCUACUACUCCAACGGAGAUCGCAAAGAGGAGGUUUACCUCAAUCUUGUCUUAGAAUUUGUUCCAGAAACAGUCUAUCGAGCUUCCCGGUACUUCAAUAAGCUGAAGACGACGAUGCCAAUUCUAGAGGUCAAGCUUUACAUUUACCAGCUUUUCCGAUCCCUCGCCUACAUCCACUCCCAGGGAAUCUGCCAUAGAGACAUCAAGCCACAGAAUCUCUUGCUCGAUCCAAGCACCGGAAUUCUCAAGCUCUGCGACUUCGGUAGCGCGAAAAUUCUUGUUGAGAACGAACCCAACGUAUCAUACAUCUGCUCCCGAUACUACCGCGCGCCGGAAUUGAUCUUCGGUGCCACCAACUACACAACGAAGAUUGACGUUUGGUCGACAGGCUGUGUUAUGGCAGAAUUGAUGCUUGGUCAACCGCUUUUCCCCGGCGAGUCCGGAAUCGACCAGCUAGUGGAGAUCAUCAAGGUACUAGGCACCCCUACCCGGGAGCAGAUCCGUACCAUGAAUCCAAAUUAUAUGGAACACAAGUUCCCCCAGAUCAAACCACAUCCAUUUGCUAAGGUCUUCAGAAAAGCGCCACCAGAAGCUAUCGACCUUAUUUCUCGCCUGCUAGAAUAUACUCCCACUCAACGUCUCUCGGCGAUUGACGCCAUGUGCCACCCAUUCUUCGAUGAGCUUAGAGACCCUAAUACCAGGCUUCCUGAUUCGCGAGGCACAAACGGAGGACUACGAGACCUUCCUGAGCUCUUCAAUUUUACCAAGCAUGAACUAUCCAUCGCUCCAGAGCUAAACCACCGUCUCCUUCCACCACACGCUCGCUCCGCACUCCUCGCCAAGGGCCUAGACAUUGACCACUUUACACCACUGUCGAAGGAAGAAAUGAUUGCUAGGCUGGAUUGA